AUGCCACGUUGUCUUAUGGCUAAAAAGUGGAAGGCCUAUCCAUGGCCAGACAGACAGGAUGAUAACGAGGAUACGGAGAAAUGUAAUAUUGAAACCGUCCAAGAAAAACGAAGGGUGGCUGUAGAAAUGGAAGAUGAAGAGAUUGACGUGGUAGGUGAUAGUACGAGUGAAGGCCACAGUAUGAAUCAGCAAACAUGCUGGGGUCCGCAUAGUCCUACUGCCGGUACAACUGCUCCGAGUCCACCGCCACUAAACGCUUCGGGAGCGCUCUACUAUCAUGGCUAUAAUCAUGAACCAUGGCUAAAUCACGAUGAACCACCAAAAUAUGCAACGUUACGAUCAGCAGCAGAAUUAGCUCGACCUUUAUUGGAUUCUUCAUCAGAACAUUACGAUCAUCAACAACAGUGCACUAGCUCUCUGCUACCGUUACAAAGUAUACCGGGUGUGCCAUCUCGUACAAAAAGUCUAUCAAUGUGCUUUACAAGUACAGGUACCGCGCUAUCACUUCCACCGAAAAAAAAAGACAUUUACCGUCCGUAUAGCCUGCAACCGAACGUGGAAGUUUUACGAAAUUCUCCUGAGGAAGAACUCUCAGCUGCUCAAGCAAUUUUAGAUUUGAGUGCAUCACCAGUAGCACCAAGUCAUUCGGUAUUUAUACAUACUUUAUCACUGCCACCAGCAUCUUCUAAUUCAUCAGCUACUGCAGUAUCAUCGUCUCCUGAACCAUCGCCAAUUCCAGUUUCCGUAGUAGUAUCAGUUCCUUCACAUAAUAUUUCCAAUAAACAAGAACCUAGUCUAGAAUCUCUUCCUCCUGAUAGUGCUGAAACGUGUUCAAAUAGCAUUGUCAGCAGCAACAAUGUAAGCAAGAGUAAUAAAACGGUCGCUUAUACAUACGAAGCCUUUUUCGUAUCAGAUGGAAGAUCUAAACGACGUCCCAACAGCACGGCAGUUCUAGAGGCAGAACCAGUACAAACUGAAAAACCAAAGUUUACCUGCACAGAAUGUGGCAAACAGUAUGCUACGUCGUCCAACCUCUCACGACAUAAGCAAACACAUCGAAGUCUUGAUUCUCAGUCAGCGAAAAAAUGUAUUCAUUGUGGCAAAGCUUAUGUAAGCAUGCCUGCCUUAGCAAUGCAUGUACUUACUCAUAAGCUCACUCAUAGUUGCGGUAUUUGCGGUAAAAUGUUCUCUAGACCUUGGUUGCUUCAGGGGCAUCUUAGGAGCCAUACCGGUGAAAAACCUUAUGGAUGUGCCCACUGUGGCAAAGCUUUUGCGGACAGAUCAAAUCUCCGUGCUCACAUGCAGACUCACUCAGCAGAUAAAAACUAUGAAUGUUCCAGAUGUCAUAAGACCUUUGCAUUGAAAUCAUACUUAAAUAAACACUCGGAGUCAGCUUGUUUAAGAGACGAAGAUAAUAAUAAUAAUGAU